CAGUAUUCAUCUCUUUCCUUCCUUUCCACUUACCACCAUCUAGAUAUUAUUAUGGAACCGGCUGAUAUCCAAGUGCCAAUGUCGAUUCUCGACACGGAUCUCUACAAACUGACCAUGCAAGCUGCUGUGCUGGACCAUUUUCCGAUGAUUCCAGCAGUAUACAAAUUUACUCUACGCGAUAAACAAAUAUCCUUCACGCCUCACUUUGUCGACGUUCUCAAAGGGGUCAUAUCUCAUUUCACCGGCAUCACUCUACAGCCGGACGAGCGUGACUGGCUUCAGUCUGCUUGCUCCUACUUCACCCCUGCAUACAUAGACUAUCUCUCGGCGUACCGUUUCAAGCCUGAGCAAGUACAAAUAACCUUUGUGCCCUCUGCAGAGAACAGUGAGCAAGGGACUAUUGAUGUUGUCAUGUCUGGCCCGUGGGUUGAAACCAUUCUUUGGGAGGUUCCUAUCCUAGCUUGCAUAAGCGAGACGUACUACAACACGAUAGAAGAAGACUGGAACUACGAUAGACAAGACGAGAUCGCGUACAGCAAAGCCAAGGCUCUUCAGGAAGGUGGCUGUGUGUAUAUGGAGUUCGGCACCAGACGCAGGCGAACUUUUCACGCGCAAGAUAUCAUGGUAAGUGCGUUGGUACGUGCUUCUGGCGAGGUGCAGGGCAAGGGACGGUUGAUGGGAACCAGUAAUGUUCACUUGGCACACAAAUACGGUGUGGCGCCAAUGGGAACAAUUGCGCACGAGUGGUUCAUGGGGGUUGCUGCCCUGAAGGGAUAUGAAACAGCUAACUCCCUGGCCUUGGAACUCUGGGAGCAAACCUUUCCCAAUUCCAAAGCGCUCAUUGCGUUGACGGAUACGUUCUCGACUGGUGCCUUCUUCGACAGUUUUGUAAAAGUCCCAGAUCUUGCUGGUCGAUGGACGGGCCUUCGACAAGACUCCGGUGAUCCUUUUACCUUCUCUCUGCGUGCUAAAGCAGUGUACGAAAAAAUGGGUAUCGACCAUCGCACGAAGACCAUUACCUUUUCGGACGCGCUUGAUAUUGACAAGGCGCUCAAACUGCAAAAGCAGUCGGAGGAGAUCGGGUUUAAAGCCUCGUUUGGAAUAGGGACUUUCCUAAGCAAUGACUUUGUCAAGGCUUCAAGCGGCGGAAAGGAGAAGAGCAGGGCGAUAAAUAUGGUCAUCAAACUUGCUUCUGUUGACGGCAAGCCUUGUGUGAAGAUUAGCGACGAUCUGACUAAGAACACUGGAGACGAGGCGGAGGUACAAAAGGUGAAACGAAUUUUUGGAUUACCUGUUUGAAGAUCAGUUUUGGCAGUUUUGUUAGAUGAACACCAGACGUAAGUAGGCCAUUAAACCGUAAAUUAUAUGAAGGUAGUGGGUUCAUGUAGCCUCAGUGUAUCCACAUAAGUAAUGUGAUAGAGUUGACA